CAGAUUCAACCAUAGCGGGAGGUGGGUUAUGCCAUAAGGAGGGCCAUAAGAGAGCUACAUGUCCUAAUAAAGAUAAAGAUGUAAGUAGUACAUGACUUUGAAGAUGUAAACUGCAAUAUUGAUUUAUUGUGUUUUCAUGACUUUUUUUAUCUGUUUCUUAGGCAAGUGUUCAAGGAGCAGAAGGGAAUGGACCUAUACCUGUGAAGAGACCUGCUAGUGUUGCUUUUUCAGCAAUUCCUACCACUACAGAAUCAACUCCACCAACAAAUCCACACACUAAUGCUAAAAGGAGUACUGGUAAGUCUAAAGUGACAUGUAGAAGAAUAGGAAGGAAGAUAAGUAAACAAUCUGUAACAGGCUUUGGGUGCCAUGUGGAUGUGAACACUGGGGAGAAGACUUUAAAUCCUGGGAUGAGCAGUGAGGAAAUAGUUUCAGAUUUCCAGCCUGAAAUGCCACAUGACCCUGAUGUUACAGUCAGAUUUGCAAUCCCAAAUGAAAAAGAUAUAAGAGGAGCUGCCCGGGCUGAGAAGCAGUUGGAUGUCCCAACAUAUAGAACAAUACCUUUCAAGGGUGAUGGUACAGAGGUGUGGAUGUGAACACUGGGGAGAAGACUUUAAAUCCUGGGAUGAGCAGUGAGGAAAUAGUUUCAGAUUUCCAGCCUGAAAUGCCACAUGACCCUGAUGUUACAGUCAGAUUUGCAAUCCCAAAUGAAAAAGAUAUAAGAGGAGCUGCCCGGGCUGAGAAGCAGUUGGAUGUCCCAACAUAUAGAACAAUACCUUUCAAGGGUGAUGGUACAGAGGUGCAUAAUCCAACAAACCUACCUUUUCAACCACCUGGUUUGCAAUGGAAUGGGAAUGCAGCAAUCAGCUCUAAGCAGUUGUUACAGAAGAUGCAGAUCAGGAGGUCGGGUUCCAUUCCAAAGUGAUGAAUGAAGACUCUUAUGUUUCAUUAGAACACUUUUGGAUGCAAAUAUGGAUGAAUGAAGACUCAUAUGUUUCAUUAGAACACUUUUGGGCACUUUGUAUUUAUUAGCUUAUUAGCUUUUUGGCAAUGUAGUCGUUUGAAGACUCAC